AUGUUACAAGGCAUCUCUCGGAAGCAUCUCUCGGAAUGCCAGAGAUACUAUUCGAACUUGACACAAUCGGAAGGUCCAAACUCGGGCGUACUUGUGAUUCAAGAUGAAGAGUCAAAGCCGACUUGUUGCUGCGGAUCUUGCUACGAUGCUAAACUCAAAGGCUUACCGUUCCCACAGAACGCAGAGCUGAGUGUGAUUUACAGUAAAGGAAAUGGUCAAAGCAAGCACACUGUUUAUGACCCGGUUCUGUUCAUUCCGGUUCCUGGACAGCCUCUGUCUUUGAACCGUUAUUAUAUCAUUAAAAGACGUGGGAAGCACUCAGGAGGAGCGUCGGCAAGUGCAAAAGAAGAAGACAGAGUCCCCUGCUGCUUUUGCUUUAGCUACGUUCCUCAAGCUAAGCCACAAGAAGCUGAUCCUUAUGACAUAUACCAACAAUUCGAGAUCCAUCAACGCCCAGCAUCAUCUGGUCGUUACACAGCCACAUCUGUUGCUCCUAAUGGGAUACCACCUCCGUUCCUUAAGAGAAAGUACUGGACCGUUGGGUACUCGAACUCUCAAGACUUUGGUUUGACAGAUGAUGCAAAAGGAAUCAACGCUGAGCUUCGUUCUGAGCUUCCCAAAGAUGUGAAUACAAGCGUUGUUGUAGGAAAAUGGUAUUAUGUCCCUUUCAUAUUCGUGAAAGAAGGAGACGCAAAAGAUCAGAUUAAAAACACAACUUAUUACAGUAUGACUCUCAAACAAAGAUGGGAAGAGGUUUACUCAUCUAGUUACAACGAGGAAGCAAGUGAGGUUGUUGUUGAUGUUGAAGUAGAAACAGAAGUGGCGAAGCUUGGGGGAGAAGUAACCAAUCUGAGAAACAAAAGAGCUGAUGGAUUUGUUUGGUUUAGUGUCUUAAGAGAUGAGAGACAAGACAAGAAGAUAGGUCUUGGAUCAGUGGUCGUGGAGAGGAUUAAGUGGGAAGAGGAGAGGUUUGGUUGGUUAAAUAAAGGCGAUGAAGUAAGGUCUAGCAUUAAGAGAUCAGAGAGAUUCGAAGGCGGUUCAUCACAGUGGAAGAGUUAUAAAUGCUAUGUAUUGGUAGAGAGCUUUGAAUUAAAGAGAACUGAUGGGAGUUUGGUGUUAACAUAUGAGUUUACACAUGUUGAUAAGUUGAAGAGCAAUGGCUACAUAAUCCACAACCUCAAGCAAUGUUUGCCGCUUGAUCUCCUUUUCCUUAACGUUCUUGGUUGGAUCAGAGAAAUCGAAGAGUGGACAGUACAAGCCGAGCUUUUUGAGAAAUAG